CAGGGAAGAUCCUUCACUCUCCACUCUCAACAGGGAAGACUUUUCACUCUCACCUCUCAACAGGGAAGAUCCUUCACUCUCACCUCUCAACAGGGAAGACCCUUCACUCUCACCUCUCAACAGGGAAGAUCCUUCACUCUCACCUCUCAACAGGGAAGAUCCUUCUCUCUCACCUCUCAACAGGGAAGACCCUUCACUCUCAACUCUCAACUCUCAACAGAGAAGACCCUUCACUGUCACCUCUCAACAGGGAAGACCCUUCACCUCUCACCUCUCAACAGGGAAGACCCUUCACCUCUCACUUCAACAUCCACCCGUCUUACUCUCCGGAGCAUUUCCCCAGGACUGACCUGAUGAUGAGAAUGAAGCAGAUGUUCAUUUUUGUCAUUUUGUUGACAAUUUACUUUCAACUGGCCACCUCUAAUGGACCGGAUCAGGAGAUUAGGAGAAGGCCCGCACCACAGGAGGUUCAGGGAGCACAAGGAAAUGCUGCAGAACCGUAUGCAUUUGGGGAUAUCAUCAAAUUUAAUCGGCAGCAGAUUGGCAUUAGAACAUAUAGCCACUAUGCUAUUUACGUGGGCAAUAGAAUGAUCCAAGGUAAAACUACUGGACAGGAUAUUUUUCACUUCUCAGGUGAACUAUUUCCUCCCGGAAGUGGAGAUUGUGUGUUUGCCAAACUGGAGGAUGUUACACAAGGCAGUACCCAUUACGUAGACAAUUAUGGGGAUACUCAAGGCCUCCAAACUAGAACAGUUGAAGACAUGACUAAAGUUAUUAUGGAUCUGAACAACAGUUGUCAAGGAACAUACUCUGUUAGUUCUAAUAAUUGUGAGCAUCUUGCCACAUUUAUUCGGUAUGGUUCUGCAAGCUGCAUUCAGGGAGAUACCAAUACAUUCACCGGUUUUUUAGCUUCACUUUUCUGCAAUAAUGCAUCGACCCCGGCAUUACUCAAGAAGAAUGUGAAGAGGGGGCGUGGCAGAAGAGGUCUUGGUCUCCUGCGUGAUGAAACCCAUUCCAACCAGGGUGCACCAGCAGCUUGAGAUCUUAACCUCUCAGAUGUUCUUGCUCUCUUCCAUCCUCUUUCUCUCUGUAUGAAGUGAGGUCUUAAUAAUAAUAAAACAUGAGCAAGAA